CACAAGUCAGCCUUGAGGAGUUUAGCUUCCUUGAAAAGGUUUGCAAGAAGACUACGCCGGAGGAAAGGACUUGGGCGAAGUUGGUGAACCCGAGGACCAUACAUUGGUACUGCGACGGUCCUGAGCCCACCCAAGAAGCGAUAAGAUACGACGAGCGAGUUCACAAACAGAUGGAUGACGCAAAGAGGAGAGCUUUGAUCAAGUCCCAAGCCGUCAAGAAGAGGGAAUCCGGCGAGGAGGUUCCUAAGGCAUCAGCUUCAGUCCCUAAAAGGAAACUGACGACAAAAUCCGACCGUCCCUUUAAGCAACCAAAGGUCUCUCUUGAACCUGUGGUUGGCUUAAUGGCUGAGGGUAACAAGGCCGUCACCCCAGCGAAGCAGGGGAAGGGCAAAGGAUUGAUGGCGGUCCCAGACGGUAAGCAAGAGAGACCUCCUUCCCUUCUUCGUGAUGACUCCAAGUAUGCAUUGGAGAAACUGUCGUCCAUCAUCACGGCAGAAGACUACGAAGACCUGGGAAACCAUUCGACGGAGGCCAUGGGGGAGACGGGCCUCUUCGCCGUCGCUCAGUCCUUGGUCAUGAUGAAGGGACUACUUGACCGGUGUCUCAACCGUGAGAGUAGCUUGGACCGGGUGCGCGCGAAGGCGCAGCAGACGGAGGAAGAGCUCGGACAACUUCAGAGAUGGAGGUCCAAGAUGGAGAAGAAGCUGGGGCUUUCUGAGCAGGCGAGGAAGGAGCUUGAGGAGAAGACGGCUACUUCGCUGACGGUCAUAGAGAACAAAGAAGCUGAGAUAAAACAACUCAAAGAAGAGAUCCGUCAGGCUAGAGUGGCAGCCGUCGAGGAGUACCGAUGCUCGGAGUCCUGUUUGGGCGAGCUGUCGGACUCCUUCCUCCAAGGAUUCGAUGAUUCCCUCCGUCAAGUCAAGAAGGCUUAUCCAGAGCUGGACUUGACAAUGGUCAAACUUGAGGACCAAGCCCAGACUUCUGCCCUCCCCGUCGCCUCCGAAAAUACGGAGGACCUUUUUGGAGACGGUGCUGCUCAGGGAGACGGAGAGUCCGCCCCGUCGAAGGAUGUCCCAGAUGCUGAAGAAAAGAAAGAUUGAUGCAUAUGUACUUUAUUUUGUGAACAAUCCGUCUUUCUUUUUUAUUCAUUUUUUGAGACAAUCCGUCCUUUUUUUGUAUUGAACAUUUGCCUUUGGGGCUUUUGGCUUAAAAGUUCACAUGCUUUUUAUAA